AUGAAUCAAAAAGGAACAAAAAAAGUUUAUCAAAUAAUAACUAAACAAUGUUUAAAAAGUAUUCAAGAAAGGUUAUUUAUGGAUAGUGAUAAUGUUGAACAAUUUAUCACUCAAGAAUCGUUAAGUAAGUUUACUGAUGGUCAAUUAAAUUUUAUUAUAGGAAGCAUUAAAGAAAGUCAAAAAGAUGGAAUUUUUGAACAAUGUUUUGACUUUCCUGAGUUUUAUAAACCUAGAGAUAAAUUUAUUGCUGAAGUUGUCGAUAUGCUAAAUGCUGAAAUUGAAAUACUUUCUAAAAGACCAAGUAUCUCAAAAACAAAAAAUAUUUUCAAUUUUAAAGAAUUAAAACAUAAUUUUUUAUCACAAAAUAAUGUUCCAAUAAGAAUGAAUAAAGAAGAAAAUUCUAUAUUAAUUAAUGGAGAUAAAGAAAAUGUUAUUACUUUAGUUGACAACAAUAUUAUUAAUGAAACUGGAAGAAAAAUAAAUACAAAAACUGAAACUGAUGAGAGUGAAAGGAUAGUAAAUGAACCUUUUGAAGAAAAAGAAGAUAAAAAUCCAAAACAGUCUCUUGAAAAGAAAAGACAAAAGAAAAGUAAUACAAUAGAUCCAAUCAUUGAAGAAAUUCAACAUCAUUAUUAUCGUAGAAGAAGAUUAACUCAUUCAUUAAAAGAAGCAAAAAUAGGUAACGAAGAACUUUUAAAAACAUCGCAACAUUCUCAUAAUGGGAGAAAUUGUGUUUCAUCUCCUAUUUUUCAAGAAGUAAAUAUUAUAAAUUCUAACUCCUCUUCAAAUGAAAAAGAGUUUGAAACACAUUCUGAAUCAAAAGAAAGUUCAGUUCAAAUAAUUGAAGAAGAUAUUGAUAUUCUAACAAAUGAAAAAAAUAAUUGUUUAUUAGCUAAGGAUAGAAAAAGAAAAAUAAUUCCAAUAAAAGAAGCACAAGCUCCAUUAAAAGAAGUUAAAUGUUAUAUUAAACAGAAGACUCUUCAAAAGAAAAUGAAACAAAUAAAAAAGAAGCAAAAUGAAUCAGAUUCUAUAAUUGUUAAUGAUGGAAUGGAUAUGGAAAUGGUUAACGAAGAAGCUAAGGAUUUUGAGUUAACAGAAAGAGUCCCAGAAUUUUGUAACAAAUUUAAAAUACCAUUCUUAUUUUUUAAAUCACAACAUCCAUUAUAUAAAAUUAAAGAAAUCUAUUCUUUUAGUAAACAUGCAAUAAGAGUAUAUGACCAGCCUGAGAGUAGUGAAUAUUAUGUCCGUUUUAUUAAUGAAAAUGGAAGUGAUGUAUUUUUAAAUGAUAUUCAUGUUAAUGGAAAAGUAUUUAAUUUUAUAAAACCAAAUCAUUUUGAAAAAGAAUAUGAAACCGCUAAUGUUGUAAUCCCUUUGAAUUUGCAAUUUGACAAAAAUGGGAUAUGUAACAUUUCUAUUUUUGAUGAUAAUACUUAUAUUGUCGUAAUGAAGUGUGAAAUUAGAUUUAAAAAAGAUAUCAUUAAUAUGGUUGACUUCAGCUCUCACUUACAAGAAUUAAAAGAAAUAUGUUUGAAGUAUCAAGUGCCUUUUGAUGAAAUACAAAUUAAAGACCAAUAUGAAGAUGACGAUAUUAAUAUAUCAUUUGAUGUUCCUUUAAUUUGUCCAAUAGGGUUAAAUAGAAUUGAAAAUCCUGUAAGAGGAAGGGCUUGUAAACAUAUGACUUGUUGUGAUUUAAAAAAUGUUAUAAGUUGUUGUUUAUACACAAAUGUAUGGAAUUGUCCUAUUUGUUUAAUGAAGUCUUAUUACUACGACUUAUUUAUUGACUCCCGCUUAAAAUAUUAUUUGUCUUUUGUCCCAGAAAGUAUUAAAAAGGUUUUAUUUAUUGGAAAUGAAAUUCAAAUAAAGAAUCGUGAAUUAGAGUCUGAGGAAGAAGUAAGACUUAACUUAGAAUAA